AUGAGCCAUGUAUACACACUGGAUGAGUUUGGAACAGCUAGAAGGAGUGCUGUGGUCCGUGGCUUUAUAGAUGCUCUUACUAGAGGAGGUCUGGGAGGUACUCCCCGCCCUAUUGAAAUGCACUCUCAUGAUCCUCUGAGGUAUGUAGGAGACAUGCUGGCCUGGUUGCAUCAAGCUACAGCUUCUGAAAAAGAACACUUAGAAGCUAUGUUAAAGCUUGUGACUAUUCAAGGUGUGGAAGAAAAUAUUCAAGAAGUGGUUGGGCACAUAACAGAAGGUGUCUGCAGGCCUCUGAAGGUUAGAAUUGAGCAGGUGAUUGUUGCCGAGCCAGGAGCAGUUUUACUGUACAAGAUUUCUAAUUUACUCAAGUUCUAUCACCAUACAAUCAGUGGUAUUGUAGGAAACAAUGCUGCCACACUGUUAACAACAAUUGAAGAAAUGCAUUUGUUGAGCAAGAAAAUAUUCUUUAAUAGCCUGAGUCUUCAUGCAAGUAAACUAAUGGACAAGGUUGAGCUCCCACCUCCUGAUCUUGGCCCAAGCUCUGCCCUAAAUCAGACACUUAACUUGCUGCGGGAGGUUCUGGCAUCUCAUGACUCAUCUGUUAUUCCACUGGAUGCCCGUCAGGCUGACUUUGUGCAGGUUCUGUCUUGUGUGCUAGAUCCAUUGUUACAGAUGUGUACUAUGUCUGCUAGUAAUUUGGGCACCGCUGAUAUGGCAACCUACAUGGUAAAUUCACUUUACAUGAUGAGGACUACUCUGGCUCUUUUUGAAUUCACUGACAAACGUCUAGAAAUGUUGCAGUUUCAGAUUGAAGCUCAUUUAGAUACACUCAUAAAUGAGCAAGCUUCCUACGUACUAACAAGAGCUGGUCUGAGUUACAUUUAUAACGCUCUGCAGCAGCACAAACCCGAACAGGGUCCUCUUUCAAAUUUAUCAAGUAUGGAUUCUGUGUCCCUGAAGGUUGCAAUGGCUCAGUUUGAUCGCUAUCUGUCUGCUCCAGAUAGCCUGUUAAUGUCCCAGCUGAAUUUCCUUCUGAGUGCCACUGUGAAAGAGCAGAUAAUAAAACAGUCAACAGAACUGGUCUGCAGAGCUUACAGUGAGUUGUAUGCAGCUGUGAUGGAUCCUUCAAAUGAAUACAAGGAUCCAGAAACCAUCCUACACAGAUCUCCUCAUCAAGUUCAGGCACUCCUUUCAUAGUCUUGGCACCCCCCAGAUUUAUCAGAAUCCGUAAUUCUGGAUUUCUUGAGUAUUUGCAUUGAAUUAUUUUUCUGCUUUGAAUUUGGAUGUGUAACUGUAUAGUUAAAAUAUGUAGGAAUGUGGUUUUCUUUAAUCUGCUUGGCAGAAGCCUAGUCUUUCCUGUGUCUUUGAAUACUUUCAAUAGGCCAGAAAAUAGAAUAUAGAUUGAAAAUUAUUUUAAUGUAUUUCUCUGAUGGAAGUGGACCUUGACAAUGUGCAAACUCUUUGAAAAAGGAGAAAAGCUUUUUUCCUUGCUGUACGUAAUCCUUUCAACUACAGGUUUAACCAGUGUCAAGUUUUUAUUUGCUCUGUUGUCUGUUCUCUAACUCUUUUUUCUCAGCCUGCCAUCAGUAAACACCAAUAACUGAAAUUUUAAUACAACUGAUACACUUUGAAUGACUCAUGCUUCACUUUUGCAGCUCAUAAAUCAUUUCAGAAUACUCGAUGCUCUCUUGCAAAUCGUGUUGAUUAAAUCUUUGAGGCAAAAUUUGUGUGUUUUUUUGGAAUCUAUUUUCUGGUGUCUUCUGUCAGAAAAAGAAAUGUUUGUGACUCGGUGCUUAUACAUAACCUGUAACUUAAUGCUUUAAAUUAUUUUUCUAAUUCUGUUUUACUGGUAGGAGUUUUGUUUUCAAUAGGAAUCCUUGUAUCAGUUGAAACUUGCUGAUCUCCUAAGGCUGGGACCAGUAACAAUGUAGGUUAGGAAAGUGUUUGCACAGCACUAUGUCCAUUCCUCCCUCACAUGUACGUGAUUUUUGUCUGGUUUGGUUUUAUGUACAGGAAAAAGUCCAUCUGCUCUAGUUCAAGCAUUUACUCAGUUCGUAAUCCACCAAGAGAUUUUCAUGGUUUACAUCACUUGGGAUUUAUGGGAGAGCUGGGGUGUGUAGAUUUCCCAGUCUGAUGCAUAGAAAGCCGUAAGUGAAGCUUUCAUUUCUUUCCUCCUUUGGUGCAAGCUGAAGCUUCCCUGUGUAGAAGCCUUUAUAUUACAAAGUUAUUUAGGGGUCUUCUGCUUCCAGGAAAAGAGGAAAUUAAGUAGGAUACAUGUUCCCUGUUGGUCUUGUGAUAAUUAUCUGCAAAUACCUUAAGCAUAGUUAUUUUUUGGGAAAGUAUUGUUAAAGAGAAACCUUCAAGAAACAAAAAGUUAGUGGAAUGGAUUUGUGACUAGGAUUUUUUGUUCAUUUGUUUUUAAAGUGAACUUUUAAAGUGAAUUUAAGUGAACUGUUUUGUUAGAAGCAUUUCACUUUUUUUCUUGUCUUUGUUACUGUAGGAGUGUCACAGAAUUAUUACAGUUGCCUGAGUUUACUCUCCCAUUAUAUGUGGCUUAUUUUAUGUACAUCAAGGGGGAGAGGAGCAGUCAUUCAUAUUGAAUAACUUAUUUUACUUUUAUUAGUAGUAAUAGCCCACAUAUAAAAUACAUACUUGGUGGCAGCCAAGUCCACAGCUUAGUGUAUGCUUGCAAAAGAGCAAGACAUAAAGAGCAGCAGCAAUACAUUUUAGCCUCUUGGAAGACUCAUUGCACAAAAUGCAUUCAGUGCACUCAGAAAACAGCUUCUGUGGUAAUGCCACAAUAAAGCAAUAGCUCCUUUUCCAAAUGGGAGUAAUUUGUUGGUAUAGAAAGUGUAAGUGACCCUGGAGUUCUUGGGCCAGGCAUAAAUCUUUCUGUAAAUAUGAAUGUUAGAUUUAUUCUGUUUAAAAUCUAUACCUGUAAGACAAAAAAAAAUCUAGAAGCUUAGAAAAGCUCUAAUGGAAAAUUACCCAGCUAAGGCUCUUUAUAUUACUAGAUUUUGCAUUGUCAUAGUAUACAUUCAGGUGGCUGUUCAUUGUUGUUUAAUAAUGUUAAUAUCGCUUAAUAUGCCUGUAAUUAUUGUCUAAUAUAUGAAAAUUACAUCAGUUGUGAAAGGACUAUAAAUUAGCUUGGGGUGAGCAUACUCAUGAGUGAACUUUUUCCUGAUACUGCUCAACCUCAGUUUCCAAUAAUCUGUAGCUUGCAUGAGGAUUAAUAAGAAGUUGCUUCCUAUGUUUGAUUCCAUUUAGAGACCUACUCAUGAUUUUGUCUUCUCUUGGUAAAAAUGCAAAAGCUAUAAAAGAUGUUAUUUAGGAAAAUUCAAGUCAAUUGCUAAUUUUGGUCUGUGCAAUUAAAAUUAAUGACCAAUGGUCACAAAUAAGAAAGGACUUCAAUAAAAAUAUUUGACUUACUGA